GCGCGAGAGGCUUACCCCGCGGCAGGUGUCUAAAAACUACCUCACAUUUGUUCUGCGCAUAGGUAAGGUGCCUUCCUUCCUUAUGGCUUACGUCUUUGUUUACGGCACCCUGAAGAAGGGGCAGCCGAACUACCACUACAUGAUGGACAGCAAUAAUGGAAAAGCCGAGUUUGUCGCCACCGCUUUCACCACCCACAAAUACCCGCUGGUGAUUGCGAGCAAGUACAACGUCCCUUACCUCCUCAACCUGCCCGGACAGGGUCACAGAAUCCACGGGGAGAUCUACAAAGUGGACAACCGGAUGCUGGAUUUCCUUGACGACUUUGAAAGCGUCCCCGCCAGAUACCAGCGGACCGUGGUGGAGCUGGAGGUGAAGGAGUCGGCGGGGAAGACAGAUGGUGACAAGAUGAUGCCGGGCAGCAUCACUGAGGUGUUUGUAUACAGCACCACAACUUACCAACCCGACUGGCCGUCAGGUCCAACCUUCGAUAGCUAUGAUGCGUAUGGAGAUCAUGGCCUCAUAUAUGUUUGCAAAGAAGACAGAGACUGAAGGGGUCAUCUCAUUUGCUGGCUUAAACAUCUUGGAGAUGUUUUCCAUGAAAGCAAACAUCGUUUAAUAGUUUCAAAAUUUUCAGUUUUUAAUUCUACUUCAUUAUUGGGUUAGUGGACAGUAUGGUUGAAUGCAUUCUUUAGUUUUAUGAAUAAUUAAAUAUAAACAAAGAUGAGAUUUAU